AUGGUCCAUCUCAAAUCCAAACCAGACUACACACCUCUCACCCCAUCCUUCCGGCCCCUCCCGAAGAACGGCCACCUCGCCAACCUCGAGCCCGAAUUCGCUCACGUCCUCAAAGCCGCAGACGCCGCCGUGGCGCCCUUCUGGAAGCCCGAGCUCUCGCUCCACGACUUCCGGCAGGCCUGGCUCAGCCCGCCUCCCGCGCCCAAGGGGACUCCGCAGGAGGGCGUUGACGUGCUUGCGGAGACGCGGAGGAUUCCCGUGCGCGAUGGCGCCGAGGUCGAGAUCAAGAUCUGGAGGAGCAAGAAUGCUGCUGCUGGGGCGGACGGGAAGGCGGUUCUGGGGAUGAGGUUUCACGGCGGCGGGUGGGUUGUCGGGGGCCAUAUGACGGAGGAGCCUGAGAACCUGAUGUUGGCGGGGUUGGGGAAUGUCGUUGUCGUGAGCGUGGACUACCGAACGGCUCCCGAGCACAAAUUCCCCAUCCCCCUGAACGACUGCCUCGACGCCACGAAAUGGGUACCCCCUCCCCAGUCCUCCAUUCCACUCACCAAGCCGGCAACUAACCAUCGCCAGUGCAAAUCCAAUGCCUCGACCCUCGGCAUCGACCCCGAAAAGAUCCUCCUCCUCGGCUCCAGCGGCGGCGCCAACAUCGCCAUCGUCACGGCCCUGCGCAUGCGCGCGGAGGGCGUCUCGGGGCUCCUCGGCCAGGUCCUCGCCUUCCCGGUGACCUGCCACCCGGCGCUCAUGCCCAGCGACAAGUACGAGCUCGCGAGCUACCAGCAGUGCCACGACGCCGCCAUCGUCGACGCGCGCAAGAUGGAGUUCUUCUGGGACGCGUACCUCCCCGGCCCGCCGGGGGGCGUCGAGCCGAGGGCGUGGCACUCGCCGUUGUUGGCGGCGGAGGGCGGUUUGAAGGGGCUUCCUCCUGUUUUGAUGCAGGUCGCGGGAGCUGAUCCGCUGCGCGACGAGGCCAUCGCGUUUGCGGAGCGCCUGCAGGAGGAGGGGGUGACGACGGAGCUGCACACGUACCAGGGCAUGCCGCAUUGUUUCUACAUGUUUGAGGGGCACCAGUCAACGACGGAGUAUUACAGCAGGGUCAUUGGCUUCGUCAAGAAGAUUGCGGGGGACGCGGCGACGCGGGCGAGGUUGUAG